AUGGCAUCGACCAGCUCGACCAUUCCGACCACCGCGACCAGUUCGACCAGUUCGACCACCUCGAACACCUCGACCACCGCGACCACCUCGAACACCUCGACCACCGCGACCACCUCGAACACCUCGACCACCGCGACCACCUCGAACACCUCGACCACCGCGACCACCUCGAACACCUCGACCACCGCGACCACCUCGAACACCUCGACCACCGCGACCACCUCGAACACCUCGACCACCGCGACCACCUCGAACACCUCGACCACCGCGACCACCUCGAACACCUCGACCACCGCGACCACCUCGAACACCUCGACCACCGCGACCACCUCGAACACCUCGACCACCGCGACCACCUCGAACACCUCGACCACCGCGACCACCUCGAACACCUCGACCACCUCGAACACCUCGACCACCUCGACCAUCUCGACCACCUUGACCGCACCAGACGCGAGAGACCACAGCUUCGACGCCGCCUCGGAUUCAGGCUUCGACAGCGGCAGCCUCGUGGGCGACAACACCGACUCCCUCGCCUCCAACAUCCUCAACCACCGUAUAGAGAACGGGCGACAGUACCACGCCUAUCGAGAUGGGUCCUAUUGGGGGCCAAACGACAAUCUGGCCAAGGAGAUCCUCGACUUCGCACAUCACAUGUACCUACUGACGCUGGACCAAAAGCUACACCUCGCACCCAUACAGAACCCCCAGCACAUCCUCGAUGUUGGCACGGGCACAGGCAUAUGGGCCAUCGACAUGGCUGACCAGUACCCCUCUGCGACCGUCACCGGCACCGAUCUCUCGCCCAUCCAGCCUGAAUGGGUCCCGCCAAACUGCCACUUCGAGAUUGACGACGUCACCCUAGACUGGACGUUUCCAGCCGACCACUUCGACUUCGUACACAUUCGCGAGCUAUUUGGCUGCAUCCCAGACUGGGCUUUCUUCUUCCAAGAAGCAUACAAGCACACAAAACCAGGCGGCUGGAUCGAGAUUGUAGAACACUCGGUCCAGCCCAUCGCAGACGACGGCACCAUGGGGCCCGACCACUUCUACCACACAUGGGGCAAAACCGUAAUAGAGAUGGGCGACCGCUUCGGUAAGAGCUUCACAAUCUGGGAGGAGGCAAAGCAAAGAAUGCAGAGAGCUGGAUUUGUGGACAUUGUCGAGGUGGAAUACAAGUGGCCCAUGAACGGAUGGUCCACGGACAAGAAGAUGAAGAACAUUGGCCGGUGGAACCAACUGCGCUUGCACGACGGCAUCGAGGGCUUCAUGCUGAGGUUGCUGACACAAGUCGGAGGUUGGAGCAUUGCAAAAGCCCAAGUCCAUCUGGCGCAGAUGCGGAGAGAGCUCAAAAGCUACAGAACGCACGCAUAUCUGCCAGGUACCGUGGUGUAUGGCAGGAAGCCAUUACGAUGA